GCUGAGCAAACAUUGAUGUUGGGAAACAUUUGCAGAGGAUGAGAGCGCUUGGAGAUGCCUAGCCCAGCUCCUAACUCACAAUGGGUCCGUGUCAGAGUCCCAGGCAGCCGCACAGGAAUGUACAUUAUCUCUGCGCCUCUCUGGCUUGGCUUCUGCUCGCUCAUCCUCAGGGCAGGUCUUCUCCUGGCCCAUCCGCAGUGCCUGGACUAUGCGCCCCCUUUCAAGCCCCCUGCGCACUUGGAGUUUUGCUCCCAGUAUGAGACCUUCGGCUGCUGUGACCAGGACAGGGACAAUGCCAUCGCUGAGAAGUACUGGUCCAUCAUGGACUAUUUCGACCUCAACGGCUACCACACGUGUGGGGGGUAUAUUAAAGAUAUCCUGUGCCAGGAAUGUUCUCCCUAUGCGGCCCAUUUAUACGAUGCCGAGGACCCUCACACCCCACUGAGGAUCAUUCCAGGCCUUUGCUUUAACUACUGCUCAGAGUUCCAUCUGAAAUGCCAGAGUUCCGUCACCCUCCUUACUGAAGACAAGCAAAUCCGGGAGUCCUGUAACAAGGGCCGGGACCUCUUCUGCAACUUACUCAAUCUACCAGAUGAAGACUACUGCUUCCCCAACGUUCUGCACAAUACGGAUCUUAAUAACAAUCUCGGAUCUGUGGUUGAGGAUCCGGAAGGCUGCAUGAAACUGUGCCUGAUUGAGGUGGCCAACGGGCUGAGGAACCCGGUCCUGAUGCUUCACGCCAACGACGGGACCCACCGUAUGUUUGUGGCCGAGCAGAUUGGCUUUGUGUGGGUCUAUCUACCAGAUGGCAGUCGGAUAUACGAACCUUUUCUAAACCUGCGCAGGACGGUACUUGCCACUCCCUGGCUAGGGGACGAGAGGGGAUUCCUCGGAAUGGCUUUCCAUCCCAAAUAUCAAAAGAAUGGGAAGUUUUAUGUGUAUUACUCCAUCAUGGAUGAAUAUAGAAAUGAGAAAAUCAGAAUUAGCGAGUUCCACGUUUCGGAACAUGAUAUAAACAAGGCGGAUCCCUAUUCUGAGAGGCAUUUACUGGAGAUAGAAGAGCCAGCAGCCAAUCACAAUGGGGGCCAGGUACUUUUCGGCACGGACGGAUAUUUGUACAUAUUCACAGGGGACGGUGGGAAGACUGGAGAUCCGUUUGGAAGGUUUGGGAACGCACAGAACAAGGGUGUCCUGCUGGGAAAGGUCCUACGAAUAGAUGUAGAUGGCCGAAGGGCAAGAGGGAAACCUUACGGAAUCCCAGCGGAUAAUCCAUUUGUGGCUGAGCGCGGCGCGGCCCCCGAGGUCUAUGCGUACGGGGUCAGAAAUAUGUGGCGCUGUUCUGUGGAUCAGGGAGACCCCGUGACAGGGAGGGGGAGAGGCCGAAUAUUCUGUGGGGACGUUGGACAGAACAGAUUCGAAGAAGUCGAUAUAAUCACUAAAGGAGGCAAUUACGGAUGGAGAGCCAAGGAAGGGUUUGAGUGCUACGACCAUAAGCUUUGUCAGAACUCAUCCCUGUAUGACAUCUUGCCAAUUUUUGCCUACGGCCACCAGGUUGGAAAAUCCGUAACGGGGGGAUACGUGUACCGAGGUUGUGAAUCCCCAAAUCUGAAUGGCGUCUACAUAUUCGGAGAUUUUAUGAAUGGGCGGCUUAUGGCAUUGCAAGAAGAUGGGGUAACGGGUAACUGGAAAAAGCAAGAUAUCUGCAUGGGCGACUCUACUAUCUGUGCCUUCCCCAGACUGAUCAACAAGUACAGCAAGUUUAUCAUCUCAUUUGCAGAAGAUGAAGCAGGGGAACUCUUCUUUCUGUCUACAUCUGAGGCAAGCGCUUAUUCUCCCCAGGGGUCCAUCUAUAAACUCGUGGAUCCUUCAAGGAGAGCGGCUCCGGGGAAGUGUAAAUACAAACCACUUCCUGUGAAAGCCAGGAGCAAAUUGGUUCCGUUUGUUGCGAAAGAAAAGACUGUUCUUGAAAUUCUCGAAGAGAGUGGUGUUAAACCCACCAAGGCACCUCGCAAAAAGACACCAACCAAGUUACCCAGUAAAGUACCACCAACACCAACCAAGUCGCCCACUAAAGUACCCUCUACACCCACCAAAUUACCCAGUAAAGUACCACCAACACCAACCAAGUCGCCCACUAAAGUACCCUCUACACCCACCAUGUUACCCACUAAAGUACCACUUACAACAACCAAGUCUCUCACUAAAGUACCACCUUCAACAAGCAAAUUACUCACUACAGUACCACAUACAACAUCCAAGUUACUUAAUAAAGUACCAUCUACAUCAACCAAGUUCCCCACUAAAGUUCCACCUACAACAACCAAAUUCUCCUCUAAAGUACCACAUACAACAUCCAAGAUACCCACUAAAGUACCAUCUACACCAACCAAGUUCCCCACUAAAGUACCAUCUACAUCAACCAAGUUCCCCACUAAAGUUCCACCUACAACAACCAAAUUCUCCUCUAAAGUACCACAUACAACAUCCAAGAUACCCACUAAAGUACCAUCUACACCAACCAAGUUCUCCACUAAAGUUCCACCUACAACAACCAAAUUCCCCUCUAAAGUACCACAUACAACAUCCAAGAUACCCACUAAAGUACCAUCUACACCAACCAAGUUACCCACUAAAAUACUACCCACCCCAACCAAUGUACCCACUAAGUUAUCACCUACACAAACCAGGUUACCUACUACAACAUUUCCCACACCGACCAAACUACCCACUAAAAUACCAUCUGCAUCAAUAAAUGUACCUUUUAAUACUUCACCUAUUCCAGCCCACAUACAACCCAAUAUGCCACCCAUAAAAACCAGGGCGCCUACUAAAAUUCCACCCAAACCAACCAGGGAACCAUCUUGGAACAUGUCAAUCAUGCCAAUGAAUAUUACAAACAAGCCUCUACUAAGGAAAAACUCUGCAAAGAAACCUGCUGAGAAGAGACCCACAAAGAGUCCAAAGGCUACAAAACCUCCCAAAUCUAAGACUUCUGUUGCCAAUCAAGCCGUGAAGAAAAAGACUAAAACUGGAGUAAAAAACAAAACAAAAAACCUGCCUCCUAAAUCAAAAGAAUCCAAAAAGGAGAAGAAGACCCUCAUAUCUAAAGAAACUUGCACUUGCCCUGAGAAGCCUAAGAAACAGAACACAAAGAAAACCAUGAAAGAAAGCAAUCAGAAAAGCUAGAACAAUCUAGAACAAAGACAUUUGGAGGAGGAUGCGCUAAGCAGCUGCGGCUGUGACCUGGAGGGAUCCACUGGAAAAUCAGAUAUGGAUCAACGUUGUGGAUUUAAUGCUGUUCUCCUCAAGUCACUUGGAAUCAAAUCUCAGCUGCUUUCCUGUUCUUUUACUGCCCAAGUUGUUACUGGUUAAGGCUGCGGUUCUUGACCUGCUCGGUGCCCCCAUGUUCAAAAUGUCCUUUUCUGACUGAUACGUCUUCCCCUCAGUUCAACGGGAGCCACACUCAAUAUGGAAGGGAGUAGGGAACACGUUCCUGGGUGACGCUGAGUGCUCCUUGUCUAACAUUGUGCCUUCUUUCCUUACAACGAGUGGAAAAUGAUAUCAGCUCAGAAAGAACAUUUCUACUGCCAUGGGGGUCUCACCGAGACCACCACAAUGAUUGGCUACAUCACUAAAGGCCAAAAAUAAUCCCCGUUGGUGCUCAUUCAAGAAGCACAUUUGCACCCAGGGUCUUGCUGUGCUCGGCACUUUGCACCGGAUAAAAAUCUGGGGCAGGGUGCAGGGGGCUGCACUGGUGGGUGCUGCUAUGCAUAGGGCACAUCUGGCCAAUGGAAUGAGGGAAAGGGCCAAUCAAAAUUCAAAGAAAUGCAAGUUCCUAUUCUGUACAACUGUAUAGUAUACAAUACAUGAUUUCAUUGUUAGGCUGUAGUUUUCAUUAAAUUUAAUUCCUAACCCAGCAGAGCAGCAUGGCUGGGGGUGGUUUUCAGCCUAUGUUUGGCAUUGGUAGGGCCACACAGUCAUUGGCUGUUGCCACACAGUAGUAGUUCUCCAGCUGACUCCUUGCUGCUGCCCACUUGAGGCUAACCCUGGCACUGCAACACUGCACUGUGGGCAAAAUCCCUACGAUCAGCAAUCUGACUCUCUACAUGCAGGGGUUGGAGCCAGAUUUUGAUGGACAGUUAGGCCAAAUACAUUGGGUAGUGCUCCCUUUACUUAGAGCAGGGAUCCCCAACCAGUGGCUCUGGGGCAACAUGUUGCUCCCCAUCCCUUGGGUGUUGCUCUCAGU